AAAAUACAAAAAGGAAAACCCGCCGGAGAAAUCUCAUCGACGCCGACGGAGAAGGCUGUUGAGUCUUUUUUUUCUUUUUCAAAAUUUGAAAUUCGAUAUUUAGAAAUGAGAGGAGAUCAAGAUCUAGCCAUUACCAUAGGUUUCUCCGCUGGUAAGAGAAUCUCAAUUGGAAUCUCCGACGAAUCCAUCCCCCUCAGCGGAUUCCACUCAGAUUUUGAGGUCACCAAUUCAUCAUUAUUUCGAGCACACCGAGCCAGUGAUGGAAAGCUUGGACCUUUAAUAGAUGAUUCAGGACGUUUCUACAAGCCUCUCCAGGUUGUUGAACUUGGCUCCAGAGAGGUGGCCUUCUAUAGGGACUUCUCAACCAAUGCAGAGAUUCCAGAUUACAUCCGCAAAUUCUUUCCUGUUUUCUAUGGAACUGAGAUGCUAGAGGGAUCUAAUGGGUCUGGUUUGUGCUCUGUAAGGGCAGGUCCGAGGUGCUUAUCCUCGGACGUACGGUGCACAGCAGUUAUGAUGAACGCCCUGGUAUCUAAGUAUAUCUUAAUCUCCCGGUCCCAAAAUAACUGCUUGGAGAUACGUAUCAAAUCCCGAAUAUCUUGCUCGGUUCAAUCUCCCGGUCCCGAAGUAACUGCCUGGAGAUACACAUCAGAUCCCGGAUAUCUUGGCAUCUUGAUUGGCAUACCGCGUGGAUUCCUCAUCGGAACGUAUAAAUACCCUCAAGGGCCACGCCACAAGGUUGAUCCAAAGUACGGUUGCGGACCGAAGAAGGACUUCCGGUUUGGUGCAGUUACAUGCUCCCACCUCGUCUUGCAGGAUUUUGUCUCCGGUCGCUGCAAUCCAUCUGUCGUGGACAUUAAAAUUGGAUCUAGAACCUGGUAUCCUGAAGCCUCUGAGGAUUGUAAUGAAAAGUGCUUGAAGAAAGAUAGAAACAGUACUAGUGUGUCAUCGGGGUUCAGAAUGUCUGGGUUGCGUGUAUUUGAAAGCAAGGAACCUGGAUUCUGGAAACUAGGGAAAAAGCAAGUGUCAAAUUUCACUUCGAGGAUGUUAGAUUAGUUCUGAGGAAGUUUGUUUCAUCUAAUCCUUCUGUCUAUUCAAAAAACCCAGAUUGUUCACUUGCACAUAGUGUUUAUGGUGGUUCAUCUGGAAUUUUGGCACAAUUAUUGGAUCUAAAAACAUCGUUUGAGAAUCAAACCAUCUAUCAUUU